AUGAUCGGACCCGACACACAACGGAACGCUGAUCUUCAAGCCACCAACCAUCGGCCAUCGACGAUCAGAUUACAAGUCCUGGUUUUCAGCAUGUUAUGUAGGGAUCUGGUUGCACAUUAUGGGUUAAAGAAAUCACGUCGUGUAUCUACUGAAGAGUCCCUUGGUAUUUUCUUGUUGUACUUAGCGCAUGGAUGUGGAAAUCGGUUAGUGCAAGAGUUCUUUAAUCAUUCUAGGGAAACAAUCCAUAGACAUUUUCAUAAAGUCUUGGAUGUUGUGGUUAACCUAAGUAAGGACAUCAUCAAACCCAAUGCUAACUACAACGAAACUAUAUCGGAAUAUAUUUUAAAUAACCCUUGGUAUUAUCCAUUCUACAAGAAUUGUAUUGGUGCCAUCGAUGGAACACACGUGAAGACCUCUGUUCCGCAACGUGACCAAAUCAAAUACAUUGGACGAAAGAAUUGUGUUACUCAAAAUAUUAUGGCAGCAUCGCGAAGGAGAUGUGAAGUUAAGUUUCCACUUCCAGCCGAUGAUAAGUUUUACCUUGUAGACGUUGGAUAUCCUAAUACAAAAGGUUAUCUUGCUCCCUACAAAGGUUCAAACACCCGUUAUCAUAUUCCUGAUUUUCGACGUGGGCAAACUCGUGCCUCGUGGGAACCAAUAGGCUUCAAAGAAAAAUUUAACUACUAUCAUUCGUCACUUCACAAUGUAAUUGAACGAACUUUUGGAGUCUGGAAGGCUCAAUGGGUGUUACUAAGAGAUGUGCAUGUAAAUUUCAACUUCGAGACCCAAGUAAAACUUGUGCUAGCUUCAAUGACAAUUCACAAUUACAUUAGAAUGGUGAUGCAACAUUUCAAAUAG